ACUCUGGAGCGGAAGUCGUGUGACGUAAUCAGCGAGCUCACUUCCUGGUUUAUUGCAUUCUUUAGCGUUCAGUCGAUCGUUCGUUUUUUACUCCGGCAAACCGGCCGCCAUCUGGAGUGCUCUGCCCUGUGUUAGAUGAACAGUUCUCGUGCCAACUGUUAACCCAGGAUAAACCAGUGGUUUGUGCCUGUCAUCAGUUUCCGGCGUGUGUUUGUGGCUCUGCUGCUAAGACUGAACAGGAAGACAGACAAAGAGAGACGUCUGAACUGAGAGAGGAAACUGCUGUGGCUUCUUUGUCGGCCUCAGAAUGACUGAGUUCUGGGUUUGUUUCAGCUGCUGCAUUGCAGAGCAGCCACAACCUAAACGGCGGCGACGAAUCGAUCGCUCCAUGAUCGGGGAGCCAACAAACUUCGUUCACACAACACAUGUAGGCUCAGGGGACAUGGGUCUGGGACUGGCAUCGGUGGACCUUGUUCAGGCCCAGAUGAAAUCUAAAGGGGGCUACGCGCACGGAGGGUCUGAAGGCUCCCAGUUGUAACGAGCCCUUCACAGUCUUGUGGAAACUACUGUUGUUGAUAUGAGGAAGCAUUUUCAAAAAAGCAGUUCUGUCUGUAAUGGACGCAGGACCAAAAGAUGAAACUACUGCUUUUCCAUAAUGUUGUAUAUAUUUUUAUUUUCCAUUCCUUUUUUUUUUUUAAUGAAAGCACUGCUAUCCAUUUGCUGCCAUACUGUUGCACUGUAAAGAGUAACUGUUAGGAGUAGAUAAGAGGGUUUAGAAAGCUCAUAAUCUCAGUCAGACGUAUGCUUGUGUGUAUGCAUGAGGAAAAUAGUUUCAAAAAUAUUUGCUGUUGUAGCCCAUUUGGAUGCCUGUAUUUAUUAUCUGAUUUGUUAACGGACCUCAUGGUGGCUGGGCCACGCUGGAGAUUUGGAACAUUCAGUUUCCUCCUUUAUUUCUCAGAGGUUUAUCAAAGGACAGGUAGAGGUAGCAAGGCAAAAAGCGACAUGUUCAUUGUUUUAUUCUGAGAAAUACUCAUGAUUGUCUGAGUUGCUUUCAGGGUCGAAGAUUGCUGUCUCGUAAUAAACUUGAAAUGAGUAGAGUACACUGGAUCAUACGUUGUACACUCACACUUGCUUAGGAAUUUUUUCGCAUUGAUUUCAACUGUUUUUUUUUUAUACUCAUUUAGAUUGAAACAUAUAGAAUUUUAAUAAACUAUGAACUUCCUAAUCUGCCUUCUGAAGUCAUGUUCAUUAUUUGUUUUUUAUUAGUGUUUUCUGGCAGCUUGAUGCUGCAAAUGCUGAGCUUUGUAAUGAGUCAAGAUUCACAUUUCUGUUGUGUUUUUUUUUUUUUUUUUUUUUACAUGGCUUGUGUACCAACUGUUCCAAGAAUUCCACUUGGAAGUAACCAAAUGGCUGUUGCAAAUGCUGCUGCGAAUGUGGGUCAGGUUUUUUUUUUCUUAUUAGAGUCAGCGGUGUUCUUAAAUAUGUAGUUUACCUAUCUUCUUUUGAUAGCUGAAACCGCUGUUCCUUUUUUUUUUUCUGAGCACAGUUUGCGUUGCACACUCUGUCCUGUCAUGACUUCUUGGAGUAUUUCUCAACAUAAAAUCAUUGUAACGGUCUUUUUUUGGCUGAUUAGCCCACAGAGAUGAUUUUGUCCCUCCUGUCUCAGUAGUUUCAAAAAGGGAUGCACAAUAUCGGAUAUUUGUCUAUUUUUUUCCCGCUCCGUUUGUCAGAUAUAUGCACAUAUCCGUUUCCACCCACUUGCAAAGAACACCUUCAUGCAGUGGGGUCAAUGCAUUACUUUGAACCAAAUGAUAAAAUUAUCAGGACAAAAUGAAAUAUAGUCAGUGGUUCAUCUUAUUGACAGAAAUGUUCCUUUUGAGCAGACGUUAUACUUUGUAGGCCAUUAAAGAUGACUUGCAGAUAUCGUGCAUCUCUAGUUUUGACACCACCUAAUACGACCCACCUUCGUAGCAGUGUUUGUGAUUCUGUCGCUUCAUUGUUAAAAGAUUUUUCCAUGUUGCUGUUAAUAUUAUUGUGUUUUAAAACAAAAUGACUAAAGGUAUUAAACCCCCCCCCCGACCCACUUUUGACAUCAGAUUAAUUAAAUCCCAGUUUGUCUGUUUGUGCAAAAGUUUAUCCUCCUCCUCAAGGAGAGCUUUUUUUCUUCCCCCUCUCUUGUAGCUCUUAUUAUCUGAUCACACUUGUUAUCAGUUGUGUCAGUGAUCGGACCCGAGUUAAUGUUCUCCCUUUUUUUAUUGGCUGGCUGGUACAUUUUCGUCCCUCAGUAUGUCAUUUGUAGUCCAAAUUUUCUGAUCCAGGCUCCAUUGAAAAUCCCUUUGCAGAUGGUGACGGAGCAGCUGCAGUAUGAUCGGUGCUCAUGUGCACGCUGCUCAUCGCUACGAACAGUGAUUGUAAAUCAAUAAGGUCAAAGGUGCCAAUCAAACCAGCAGGCCUGGAUCUUUUAUGACAUGUGUUUUUCUUUUUUUUCUUUUUUUUUCUGUUCCAUCGACAUCGUAUCAUUUACUAUUCCAACAAAAGAAUGUGGUUGUAUUAUAAAGUCAAGCAAAAGUCUGUGUCAAUUGGUGUUAACGAGUGCUAUUGUCAAAGUUAUUUAUGAUACGAGAAUGAAAUAUUCGGUGUGUGUACCAGGCGAUGUGAAACAUAUUAUGGAUAUAGUCUCACUUGUGUUAUUUUAUCAUUUAUAGCCUUAAAACAGCCACUUUCCCCAACAUCCACUGACUGACUCAAUCAUGUGAUCCACCAGGCUAAAAAAAUGUUGUCCGUCAACGGAGCUUAACUGUUCCUCUCUCAGUGUUUCUGUAGUGAUUCCUGUGUGAAAAGAGAUCCACAUGUGUAGACUAGUUUGUUAUUUCCAGCUCUGGGCUAAAUGCUGUAGUAUGUGCAGACAUACUGGGAUUGCAGUAUAUUAUGUGACCAGCAGGCUGUGCUAGUGGACUGGUUGAAUGUGACUUAAAAAAAAAGUUUCCUUCUGGGAUUCCUGUCAUAGGACUUAUUUUAUGAUGAUAUUGUAAAUAUGUAACAUAAAAGCAAUGGAUCCAUGGUUUAUAUGUAUUGAGGGUCAUACAUAUUUUUGCUCACUUUUCUGUAUAACGAUACUGGAGAAGCAGAGUUGGUCCAGUGUUUUUUGUUUCUUUUUUUUGUUUUGUUUUUGUUUUUCCCCAGGAACUGCUUGAUGUGUAGUUCCCACUUUAAGGGAAAUUCAUCUGUCUAUUUUUUUUUUCAGAAUAAAAAAUGAGAAAUAAAUGUUUAAUGUUGAUGUUUGA